AUGGGAAUCGUAGAACAGACACGUUUAGCACCAGAAUUUAUUGCUGACAUUGAAAAAUAUUACAAAUAUCAGGGAGAUGUGGACAAAUUGGUUGAUCGAUUAGAAGCUGUGUUGCAAAAUAAUGAAACAAUUUUACGACUUGGAAACAUUGAGUGUGGUGAGAAAGCGGAUCCGUAUGAGAUAUUAGCUCAAAAUAUUAAUGAUUUCCGAUCAUUUCACACGGAAAACGCUCAGGCUCCAUUAAUUGAAGCUGAAGCGGUUGUUAAACGAUUAGCAAUAAUGAAUCGAGCAAUGCAAGCUAAAGGUCGUCGAACAAUUCGCAAAAUGCGACGAUUCGUGACACAAGAACAAUUAGCAAUGAUUGAAGCGCAAAAGAAAUUAAUGCAAACACGCGAUAUGAUGGAUGCAGCAAGACAUGAACUUAAACAAACACGAACCACAGAAAUGGUUGAGGAGAAAGGGAAAUUCUAUGCACGUAUGGUAAGUGAAUUUGAUCAGCAAGCUGCUAAAGUUGCAGCAUUUCCCGAACAUCUGCCAAAUGAUAAGAAGGAACAUCAGAAGGAAUUAUUUGAUGUAUGUUAA